CUUUUCCCUUCCCCCGGCGGCCGCGGCUGUUUUGGUUCCGCCCUCCAAAGGCGAAGGCCGGAAGAGAAGACGCGCCAGGGGGAUGCCGGGCUGGGCGCUGCUGGGAGGAGUGGCGGCCGCUCUCCUUGCCGGCCUCUACGUCCUGUGGGGCCCCACUGCCGAGAGGAAGAAGCGCCAGAGCGGGCUGGUGCCCGGCCUGCUCAACCUGGGCAACACCUGCUUCCUGAACGCCCUGCUCCAAGGCCUGGCCGCAUGCCCCGCCUUCCUCCAAUGGCUGCAAGGCCACGCCCCCGGACACGCCCACGACCGGACACGCCCACUCUCGGACGCCUUGCUCCGCCUCCUCCAAGCUCUGUCGGGCGCAGAGGCCACGGAGGAGUCCCUGCUAGACGCCAGCGGCUUGUUGGAGGCCCUGCGGAGCCACCGCUGGAACAUCUCCUCCUUCGAAGAGCAGGACGCCCACGAGCUCUUCCACAUCCUGACGGCCUCGUUGGAAGACGAGCGGGAUUCUCGCCCCCGUCCCCGUGUGGCGCCCCUCUUUGACCUCCAGGCCCUGCAGGAGCCCCAAACGCCCCCCAAGCAGAUCCUCUGCAGGACGCAAGGUUCCCCGCAGGCUUCCUGGCGGCGGCAGCACCCUUUCCAUGGCCGGUUGGCCAGCAACAUGGUCUGCAAGCGCUGCGGGCAUCAGAGUCCGCUCAGGUACGACACCUUUGACAGCCUCUCCCUCAGCAUCCCGGCCACCGUAUGGGGUGGCCCGGUGACGCUGGAGCAAUGCCUCCGCCACUUUGUCUCCUCCGAGUCGGUCUCGGGUGUCGAGUGCGAGUCCUGCAACAAGGUCGGAGGGCCAGGGAAGGAGGAAGGCGGGCGCAGCACUUUUGUGAAGCAGCUCCGGCUGGGAAAGCUCCCGGGGUGCCUGUGCCUCCACCUGCAGCGGCUGAGCUGGUCCGGGCGGGGGGGCCGUGCCCUCAAGCGCCAGGAGCGCGUCCUCUUCGGGGAGACCCUCGCCCUACGACCCUUCCGACACACACCCCACCGACACGCAGAAGCUGAUCCGCCAUUGGACGGCAAGGCCGCUUUGGCCAACGGCGCCUGCCCCGCCCCUCCCUCCGCCCUACCUGACCACAGCUCCGGGUCCUGCAGCUACCGCUUGAUGGCAGUGGUGGUGCACCACGGGGACAUGCACUCGGGGCACUUUGUGACCUUCCGCCGCUCCCCGACCUCCCCCCACUGGCUCUGGGCCUCGGACGACGUGGUGCGGAGGAGCUCCUUGCAGGAAGUCCUGGCCUCCAGCGCCUACCUCCUCUUCUACGAACGCAUCCAGGACACAACGACAACGACCUGAGGCCUCCCUCCGACUCACACGCUCCUCCUCCCGCAAGAGGGACCGACCGGGACAGAGUCCGGAGUCUUUGAAGAAGCGCCCCCCACUUUCCGGGCACCUUCGAUCCUCCUCUAAGUGCCUUGACCUCUGCCGUCCGUCGAGAAGGUCAAUCAAUCGAGGGUUGAUCUGGGGCAAUCAAGAGACAAUUGACAUUUUAUGUGAGGACAAUUGAGAGAGUCAAUUGCAAAUCAGUCGAGGGCCAAUUGGGAAAAUUAGUGGAGAAGGUCGAGAGGUCAAAAGCCAAUCGAGGGGCUGAUUCAGGGUCGAUCGAGGGGUCAGUCGAGAGGUUGAAUCAGGGUCCGUCAAGAAUCAACAAGGUCAGUUGAGAGGUUGACUGAAGGCCAAUCAAAGGGUCCAUUGAGGUCCAUCAAAGGUCAACUGAAGGGUUCAUCAAGGGGUUGGUUCAGGGUCCAUCUAGGGGUUGACUCGGGGUCAGUUGAGGGGUCCGUCGAGGGCCAAUAGACAAGGCCCGUUGAGAGGUUGAUUGGGGGCCAAUUGAAGGGUUGAUUGAGGGUAAUUAAAAGGUCAACAGAAGCAUCCAUCGAGGGGUUAGUUCAGGGUUCAUCAAGGAGUCAAUUGAGAAUCAGUUGAGGGCCAAUUGAGGGGUCCAUCUAGGGGUCGAUUCAGGGUUAUUUGGGUUCAUUGUGGGCCAAUCAUGGUUGAGGUUGAUUCGGGGUCCAUUGAGAGAGUGAAUCGAGGGGUUGAUUCAGGAUCCAUCAAGGGCCAAUUGAGGGGUCAAUUGAGAAUCAGUUGAGGGCCAAUUGGGGGGUCCAUCGAAGGUCAACUGAGGGGUCAAUUCAGGGUCAAUUCAGGGGUCCAUUGAUGGCCAAUCAACAAGGUCAGUUGAGAGGUUGAUUGAGGAUCAAUUGAGGGGUCAAUCAAGAAUCAUUUGAUUUUGUCGAAGGUCAACUGAAGGGCUUAUCAAGGGAUCGGUUCAGGGUUCAUUGAGGGCCAAUCGAGGGGUCGGUUGAAAAGUCCAUCAAAGGUCAACUGAGGGGUCAAUUGAGGGCAGUUGGGUAGGUUGAGAGUUUGAUUGCGGGUCCAUUGUGGGGGUCAAUCAAGAAUUAAUCGAGGGGUCAAUUAAGGAGGCCAUUGAACUCGACUGAGGGGUUCAUCGGAGAGGGUCCAUUGUGGUGGUCCAUCGUCCCCUUCUAGUAGAACGCUCUCGUAUUAUUAAUACAAAUAUACAUCCUUUUCAUAUAUCAUAUAUAUAUCUCCUUUAUUAUGAAUACAGGUAAUGAAUUAAUCAAGGGGUCAAUCAAGGAGGCCAUUGGGAGGAUUGUCAAGGAUUUCAACGCAGAGGGUCCAUCACGGUGGUCCCCCGUCCCCUCUUGUAUUAUUAAUACAAAUAUACAUUAUUUUCAUA